AUGCCCGCCCUGCCUGCCCGCUCCCGGAUCACCCCAUCACCGAUUCAUCAUGUUGCCAUCGCCCCAGGCGCGCGCCACCGCUCGCUGCACAACCCCCGUGCGCACGCUUUCGUAAAUCCCGGCUCUCGCCCGCCGCGCUUGGUACACCGUACCCACCAUAUGCGCACGGCCGUGGCCGGUGGCCGUGUCUCCCGUAUAUGUCCCCCGUAUAUGUCCCCCGUAUAUGUCUCCUCGCGUCUCCUCGCGCCGCAGAGACGGAGACAACGUGAGCCACCUCGUAUAAUCUCCAAACACGGCAACCUCGGCGGCACUCCCGCUGCUCAUCCCAGACGCCCGCCUGUGCCUUCCCCUCCCCCCCCUCUUCUCCAGAGAACCCGACCGCGCGCGCAUUCGCCCAAGCACACACUCCAGCACACCCCAUGCUCAGCGCACACACGACCCAAUCACGAGCCCCGCCUCCGCCCUCCCGACCACGCCCCACCCAUGACGCGUCCCCGUCCAAUCCCCGACGUCCCUCGGCGGACGCGUGACAGCGCCUCGCUUACGAGCCCAAACCCCGCAUCGCCCAACGCCUCCAGACACACCGGGCGACACGCCGCAGACACUCGCCCGACGCAUAAAUUUCCCGUCAAAACCCCCGACGUCGCGCACACCUAA